AUGGCAUGGAGCAGGCUGGAAGGUUGGCUGAGAGGGGACGGGUUGGGUGGUAGUGGGUUUAAUGUUGGUGGGCUGGGGGUUGGAUGGGUUGACGGGCUGGGAGUUGUAUUGUUUGGGAUGUGGCCUGAAGUGGCCCGAAAAGAGGAAGGCCUAAAUAUGGGCUCAGUUGUUGUGGGUUGUGCUGGUGGCUGGGUGGAGAUGGAGGGAAUUUCUGAGGCUGUUAGGGAAGGGUGGCAGAUUUGUGUGGAGGGGGCAGAAUUAUUCCAGUGGGGAGCAGUGAAGAGUGACCUUGAUAAAGCCCAUCAAGAGGAAGAACAGUAUUGGAGGAAUAAAUCUAGAGCUCUGUGGCUCAAAGCUGGGGACUGUAAUUCAAACGUUUUUCGGGGUGCUUUCGAGGAAACUCAUUGCGGCAGGGAAAUGAAAAGGAUGAGGUAG